AUGGCCUCGUUCUCACUGAUCUCUCUGUACUUACUUCAACUUGGCUCGGCGGCCUCGAUUCCCGCGACGCCAAAUGCGAUUGUUUGCGCGGCCGACUCACGUUAUAUCACAAACAAUAACAGCGACAGCACUGUCUGGCCAUGGCAAACCUACAAGUCUUCCGAUGCUCAACCACCGAUGCUCCAGACUGACAGGACUGGGGAAGCGUUGUUUGACGGUCUAUUGGUCUUCGACGUGGCCCCAGGGGGCCCCGCUACAGCUGCUAAACAAAUCUCGCCUUAUAUAAUGACCGAUACAGGAGACCUAGUCUGGAGUGGACCUGUAGGACCAUCCUACAACGUCCGUGUACAAGAGUACAAUGGCGCUCGUGUUUUGACCUACUUCUCUGGUGAAGGUACUGCUGGCGCUUCAGCUGUCGUUGGUCAUGGCUAUGGUGAGAUCGUUGUACGAGAUACGAGCUAUAAUAUCAUCGCUACAGUUUGCCCGCAGUUUAAGAAUUUUACGAUGGAAACAGGUGUUACUGCAAAAUGUCACUCCGACUUACACGAGUCUUUUAUUACAUCGCGAAAUACUAUGCUAGUCUCGGCAUACAAUACUACUCGUGCCGACUUGACAAGUGUAGGAGGACCUAAAGACGGCUGGAUUCUAGACUCUAUAGCGGCGGAGGUGAACAUUACUACAGGGGAAGUACUUUUCCAGUGGAGUCCACUCGCCCAUUUACCGAUCAAUGGGAGUCAUUACCCGCUAGCCGGCCAAGGCGUCAAUCAAAGUAUACCUUACGAUUUCUUCCACAUCAACUCGAUUCAGCUCGUUGGGGAGAAUUACUUGAUCAACAGUCGCCAUUAUUGGACUACUUUCCUCGUUAACCCCCAGGGGAAGAUUCUAUGGGAGAUUAACGGCUUGGACGGAGGUGAUUUCGGAGAGUUGCCUGAAGGGCCAGGCGAAACCCACCCUGGGCGUGACAUUGCGCCUGACUCUGCCACCGGAUCCGUCAUCACCUCCGGUCCUCAUAACCAAUUUGACCGACCCUCAACUGCGUGUCGACGCGUGGUCCAAGGAUCUUUCCUGCAUCUGGACAAUGGCAACAUGUUCAUGGGAUAUGGCUCAGACCCCGUCAUGGUGGAAUACGGCCCGCUCGAGAAAGGAGAGACGUUGGCCAAAACUCGCUGGAGCGCGACCUUUGGCUAUAGCACCCUAAUCUCGAGUUAUCGCACCUACAAGCAGGUGUGGCAUGCCACUCCUGCAACAAAUCCCGACCUUGUCGUCCUCGCAGCCGAGAUCAACGACCAACUCCACUGCGCCGGGAAUUCUACCUAUCGGGGAUAUGUCAGCUGGAACGGUGCUACCGACGUGACAGCUUGGAUGGUGUAUGCGGGUGCCACCAACGCCUCAUUGAAAGCCCUCGGUCGAGCGAUGAAGUCUGGCUUCGAGACCGAGUUUGUCAUUCCUAAUGAUGCCGCGUUUGUGCAAGUGGGCGCGAUCGAAAAUAAUGGCAACAACGUGGUGCGAAAGUCACAGGUCGUGGCUGUCGGUAAAUAG